AUGGGUGCUUCAUUGGACGAAUACCCACAGUUGAUCAUGGAGCUGUCUGGCCGCAGUACUCCAGUAAAGAUAACAGAAGCAGCGAUCCUCGUUUGUCUCAUUCUUUUAGCCUUUGUAGGCAAUGUUUUGGUGUGCAUCGCUGUCUUCAAAAAAGCUCAUCUCCGCACGAUUCCAAACAUGUUUAUAAUGAAUUUAGCAGUGAGUGAUAUUCUGAUGGCCAUCGUUUGUAUGCCUAUUUCUUUACACGUUCUAAUUUCUGGCAAAUGGCCAUUUAGCUCGUCAGUGUGUGAUAUGCAUGGCUUUUUCAUUUUUACUUUUGGCAUAGUCUCGCAAGUCAACAUGUCUGUCAUCGCCGUAAACCGUUAUUUCGCUCUGUGUCGUCCAUUUCAAUGUAAAGCCAUUUUUACCAAGACAAAUGUCCUCUCCAUGAUCGCAAUUCUUUGGAUCUUACCAAGCGUUGCAAGCGUCCCACCUCUGGUUGGCUGGGGAUAUUACGCCUUUCACCCUGGCAAAGCGUUGUGUAUCUACCCGUUCCACCUUAAUAUGAUCUACGCGAUGAUCAUCAAAAUUCUCUUUAUCGCAUUCCCAAUGGGACUCAUCGUGUUCAGCUACACGAGAUGCAUCCUUGCCAUCAAAUCAAGCAAUCGUCAAAUCGCGGAAAUGUCUGACGACCCAACUUCUGCUGGUCAAGAGUCCAGAAAAGCGCGCGAAGUUCGCGCCACCUGGACAAUGCUGUUUUUCACUCUGGGUUUCAGUAUGUGUUGGUUACCAGUAUCUGUCAUUAGCUUCAUAGAAACGUUCGGGGCAGGCGGGAAUUUACCACGCCAAGUGUUCAUUUUUGACAGUUUCCUCAUCUUUCUAUCAAGCACGAUCAAUCCGUUCAUCUACUGCCUGUCAAACCGCGACUUCAGAAAAGCAUUCCGGGAAGUGAUUCCUUUUGGAAUUAAAAGGAAUGAAAUAAUGGCGGGAGACGUUUUCCACACAACACGCAAAGCACCGCUGUUCAAUCACUGGACUAACAAACAUGCAAACAAACGUGCAGCAUAAAUUGUACUUACGGUGUACAUUGUACGGUGUGUAUUGAGUCUUCAUUGUUUCUACAUUAUCCUUGAUAGCGUUUCGCACCGAAGUGAAAAGCCAUACGAUGUAGUAUGAACCGUAAGGCACGGUCACUAUAGUCCGUCAACACAUAUCGAACAUUAGACUACGCGGGUUGGCCGAGAGGGAUUGGUGCACUAAAUCCUAAUCCUCACUCCUGAAUAUUUUCUUCCGUCUCUGUGGAUUUCAGUCUUCGCUCUUACUCAUUUACUUCUGCUGCGGUCCUUGUAGGAGACUGGUUAUGAGCCGGCAAACAUCAUAGUUAAAAACAACGAUGCUGAAUGUUAUGUUGGGCAUGACCACGCAAAAUCGUAUGGUUUUUUUAUUCGCAAAUUGUGACUGAAUAAAAUAUUGCGAUGUUUCUAUUGGUCAGUAAGUUAAAAAAAGAUAGGAAUGUAAUUGAACGUUUUGCACGGUCAGAUCCAAACAAAUUUAACAAACUUGAACAGUGAAUCAUAUAACAAAGGAGUCUAAUGGGGUUUCACAACCAUUCCACUUUAAUGAAUAUGUCGAAGAUUAUUCCCGGCAGAAAUAAAAUGCUUUCACGAGUUGUUGAUCAAAAUACAAAAAAAGCUACGAAAGUGCCCCGUGCUCCAGGCUAGCGAUGGGUAUGUGAUUGAGCAAACCGAAAUAACGACACAUUUGGACAGAAUUCAUCAAAAAUACGUGUGAAACAAUUGCGCAAGAUGUGAUAUAUAUCAUUUGGAACGAGUGACCAAAAAACUUUAAAACCCAGAAAUUGAUCUGUUUUGAUUUAAAUUUUCCCAUCUUGUGCACGUGUCCAUUGUAUUUGGCGAUUUUAUGUCAAAAAUGGGGAGCAGGGGAUGGCGCAGUGGUGAGAGCGCUCGCCUCCCACCAAUCUGGCCUGGGUUCCGCAAAUCCUGGCGUCGACUCUCCAUACGUGUGUAGAGUUUGUUGUUAG